AUGCAUCUCUCCAUGAUCUCUCAACUCUGGGCAUUCCUCGCCCUUAGCACUACGGUCCUGAGCGCCCCGGUACCGGCCAUUCCCGCCAGCACGACUGCUGGUAACGCUGGCGGUCCUCGCGCCGUCGCGGCAUGUCCCGCCCGAAGACUCCAUGCCCGCGCAGAGACUCCAGGUCCCAACCUCGGAGGCUACGACACACUGAGCGGUAGGAGUCAAACAAAAAAGGGGACUGGCUUCGCUAAAAAGGCCUUGGACAAUGCGUUUCAGCCCGAUUGUAUGCGCGACCAGAAGAACCGCCCAAGACGAGGCUUACUUGACAUGGGGAAACAGGGGAUUGCAGGAACAGCAGCAGAGGAAGGGAAGUUUGCAAACCCGCGCAGAGUCUUCAGGUUCCGAUCGGGCGAGCACUAA